AUGAGUGCCAAGAAUACCUUCGGCGCACAGGCAGCCAAAGCGCUUUGUGCCAACCUUUAUACCAACUGGCUUUCCGAGGACGAAAAUGUGGAACGCAUUCGUGAUUUGCUGAAUCGCGUGCUGACGCUGUCGGCCACAGACCAGAAUUCGGAGAUGGGCGGCAAGAAUGCCGCCUCCAUGACCACCGCAGCUGCGGCAGUCGCGGGGGACAAGAAGGGAAAGGCCAUCGGCGCGGACACGCUCGGAAACGGCGCGCGGCACAGUGAUCCAGUCGCAGAGCUAUCCACGAGCUCCGCCGAGGUGCGUGGAAAUGCUAACCGUGCCCAGUCGCCGCAGCCGUCUCCCCCACAGAAGUCGAGUAAAUCCGCCGCCUACUUGGCGGCUGAUGAUCGAACGCCGAGCCCCAUCCAACCAUCGACAUCCCCCAGUCUCAUCGCGCGCUUCCCCGGCGGCGUAGACGAACUCGAUUACCCUCACCGCGCCGGCUCGCCAGUGGUCACACCGGCGUCGCCGCAGCCGAAACCGAUUGUAGACCCCAGCGCCCCCCUUCCACACGGCGGCUCCGGCAGUCUUUCGCCGCACGGCGUCCACUCGCUCGGCAGUCCUCGCCUAGACACGACACUGAACGCUGUCAUGGUGCCAGGUGACCUCACCAGUCCAUUGGACGCGAACUCCACCCUCGGCUUGUCGGCUCGUGAGUCGACGACGCGCUUCUUGCACACCUCUGGUAGCUUCGCCGUGACGCCGCCCGCCAACCUCAAGCAGGCGACUCUAGAAGACAUCCCGUGCUUUUACUCGAAGAGGGAGUCUCGCGGGCUGCAGAUGGAGUCGGACAUGGAGGAGGCGCAGGAGCUGAACCGCCUGCUCGAAAAGAACGACCCAGUGAAGAAGACUGUCUGGGUGUUUGGCGACAUUAGCUCAAAGGUGUUCAAGGUGCCAAUUUGGUACAAGGAGGCGCUCUUCAAGGACAUCGCGACUCGCAGCGGACUGGACGCGGCCAUCGCGGACACGCUAACAGCUGCCCAAAUCCGUAACGUGUACAACGACGUCUACGCCCCCUUGUCGGUCAGCCGCCGCCUUUACGAGCUCAUCUGCACACACCCCAAGAAGGAAUUUAUUACGCUGUCUGACUUGGAGGGGAUGGGCAAGUACCUCGUUGCGGCUCACCCGGGCCUCCAGUUCCUCCAGCAGCCGGAGUUUCAGGAGUACUACUGGCACACCGUCGCGGUGCGCAUAAUGUACAUGUUAGAACGUCAGCAGUGUGGCCGCAUCUACUGGCGCGACUUUGACCGCAGCGAUCUGCCGGAGAGGAUGAUGGAGCUGGACGCCAAGGACGUGAACUUGGUGCUCGACUACUUCUCCUACGAGCACUUCUACGUUCUGUACUGCAAGUUCUGGGAGCUCGACACCGACCGCGACCUCCUCGUCGGCUUCGAGGAUCUGUGCAACUACGGCCAAGGCUCGGUCGUGACGGGAGUAAUCAAACGUGUGGUGGAGGGCUACGGCCGUCCACUGUCGUCCGGCGUGCCUGGCAAGAUGGACUUUGAGGACUUUGUGUAUUUCUGCCUCUCCGAGGAGGACAAGAACUCGGAGCCUGCAGUGCUCUACUGGUUCAAGGUGCUCGACACGGACGAAGACGGCGUGCUGAGCGGAUAUGAGAUGAUGCAGUUCUUCGAGGAGAACCAGCAGCGUUUCCUCGAGUUCUCCGACUCGCCAGAGGGGGACAUAGCGUACGAGGAUACAGUGUGCCAGAUGCUGGACAUGGUCGGGUUCGAUCGCGUCAAGGUGCGCAAGUACGGCGUCACCCUUGGCGACCUCCGUUCCUGCCCCACCCCCGCGAACUUCUUCAACAUGAUCUUCAACGCGUCGAAGUUCUUGCUGUUUGAGCACCGCGACCCGUUUGGUGAACACCAGAUGCGUCUGCGCGUAGAGAAAACAGAGUGGGACCGCUUUGCGCGAGCCGAGUACGAUCGCAUGGCAGCUGAGGCACAGUAG